AUGGGAUUGCAGGGACCCCCAGCAGCCAGUCAAUUAAAGGACAAUUUAAAACUGGAUUUUGGUGAAGAUGAUGAGCACUUGGAUAAAUGCCAUCAUGAUAACGCGGAAGAUGAGGAUGAGGCAUUUAAACACCUCGCCCUCCCUUCUCUCGCCCUCUACAUCCCAACCCAUCUCAGAUUGCAUUCCUUGGAUCGAGAAGGCUUUUUGGAGAAGGCAUCUUGCACCGUGGUAGUGCGGAAUUCCACGAAUACUUAA